AUGUUCUUAGCUGCCGCAAUAUGGACGCUAUUUACCUUUCUUACACCAAUUUCUGCAAAGAUUGGUUUAGGAUAUCUUUUAUUAUGUCGAGUACUUUUGGGUGUUGGUGAAGUUGGAUUCAUUUGGUCUAUAUUAUGGCAAAUUUAUGGCAAAAGCAGUCCAAACGAAUAUUCAGGAAUUAGUCAAGAAGAGUUAGUUCUAAUUUUAAAAGGCAAACAAAAAAAUAAACCUAUUGAAAAUUUGAGUUAUCAUGGAGAAUCAACAACGAAUGAGAAUGAUACUGCAACUCCUGCUGCUCCAUUAAAUAAUUUUGUAAACGAGGAAGAUAAUGAAUUCGGAUCUGAGGUUGAUGCACUAUUGCCAAAGAAAUCGAUGUCAAAUCCAAACAAAGUUCCAUGGAAACUCAUUCUUUCUCGUCUUGAAUUGGAUAUAGCUCCUAAAUACGCUGGUGUGAUUUAUGGAUUGGGACAUACUAGUGCCGGAAUUUCAGCUCUAUUAGGAGUAGCAUUCACAGGAUGGAUACUAGAUAUUACGAAUAGAAAUUGGAAUGUUGUUUGGAUUUUGGUUACUGCUUUUUAUUCUAUCG